AUGGACAUGGUAGAGGACGCAGAUACUUUGGAGGAGCGAGAGGACAUCAUUAUGAAGUAUGAGAAGGUACAGGGAAAUGGGGGAGAAGAUGGGCAGGGCCCUCGUUCUGGGCAUUUCACGGAGAGGCCAGGGAGGCAGCAGAUCUUGAGGCUAAUGACCCUGGGUCUGGUGCUGAGAAGGGAUCUGGGGCCAGACGAAGCUGCCCCUGUCAGCGCCCGGGAGGUGAAGCAAAUGAGGCGGGAGAUGAGACGCGUGAGCAAGUGGAUGAAAAUGCUGGGACAAUGGGAGACAUAUAAGAACAGUAAAAAGCUGAUGAAGCGAGUGUAUAAGGGCAUUCCCAUGAACGUCCGGAUGCAGGUGUGGUCAGUCCUCCUGAACAUUCAGGAAAUCAAGGCGAAAAACCCCAGAAAAUUCCAGGAAGGUCUAUGCGCACAGGGUUCCUCAUUCGGCUGGCUUCUCCAGAUGUUGAAUGACCAGCCAAACCCGAGCAAGGGUCCUCAGCAGCCAGGCCUGUGCAGGCUUCACAUGGCAGGAAGACCCUCUGCAAGGGGACAGGCAGACCCUUCCUGGCCCACCAGCCCGGUUCCAGCGGCACAUUUGGUCAGCUUCCCCGCCACGGGCACCUGGUCCUUCGACACCCUGUCCUGGUGGGGCUGUCCGGGAAGACACCUACCCUGUGGGCACUCAGGGUGUGCCCAGCCCGGCCCUGGCUCAGGGAGGACCUCAGGGUUCCUGGAGAUUCCUGGAGUGGAACUCGAUGCCCCGGCUCCCGACGGACAUGGAUGUAGGGGGCCCUUGGUUCCCCCACUAUUUCAAACAGAGCUGCUGGGUCCGUGGCUCUUCUGAAUGUGUGCAGCUCAAAAGACAUUCACAGAUGGAACACACCAGCCCCCAGAUCACAAAGCCAACCAUGCCCAGCCCCUCGCAGCACCCCAAGUCCCGCUACCAGAGUUCUGAAUUCUGAUGACACCAUGAGCCUGCCUUUGUACUUCACACUCAUGGAAGGAUAACCACCUCCAUGUUUUAAAUAAAUGUUUCCUGUUGAAAUGG